AUGUAUGAAAAGUGGGCAUGGUGGGAAUUAAAGGAAGGUGGGCAUGGUGGGUAUCCAAGUAAGGUGGGCAUGGUGGAAAUUGGGCAUCGUAGGAAUUGGGCAUCGUGGAAAUGUAUGAAAAGUGGGCAUGGUGGGAAUCCAAGAUAUGUGUGUCCUCGUCACGAAGUCCUUGAAAAUGGUUGCUGUAAUGACGCCAUUUCGGGUGUGCUUCAAUAUCCAUGUGAUACGUGCAAACCAAAUAACUGCUGUGCAAUUUACGAAUAUUGCAUUGCUUGCUGCCUUCAUCCAGAUAAGCGUGAGGUGUUGGAAACCGUCCUGAGCAAGGCGAGCGAGAUGAACAACGUUCUGUUCGCGUCAGUGACAGACCAUUUCGAAUUGUGCCUGGCCAAGUGUCGCACCAACUCGCAGAGCGUUCAGCACGAAAACUCCUACAAGGACCCCAGGGCCAAGCACUGCUACGGAGAUCUGUCUUCGGCCAACAGUUUGGACAACGAAGUUUGAUGGAAUGCUUACAUUAGUUUGCAGUAAUUAUACCAAAUUUUCGUUAUUAUCGACAUUAUUUACAACAAAUAUAUUCCAUUUAAGAAUUUGAUUAUGCAUGACGAAUUACCUCGAACAUACCCGAA